CGGUGACGUCAUCCUGGGACCUCGUCACCGCGGCGGCCGCUCCUCAAGUUCUACUUUGUUCCACAAGGCUCCUCUGCUCACGGCUGCGUGGACAAAACCCAAAGGGAACCUAGCUCGGCCUGGCAGGAGUUUAUAACUUUGUACUUUUCCCUCCCUUGUAACGAAAACCUCAUCACAAUUGUUUCUAGGAACACAUUUUUCUCCUGAUAGACGUUCCCAAGGUGGAGGGCGCGACAAGGCUGGCCCGUGGGGCUGAGGAGCCCCUGCCGGCCUCAGUGGCGCCACAAAGCGGGCUCUAAACCAUUAAGCGGGGAAAUAAUUUUCCAAGAGACCAGGAGUUGGACUUUUUGAAGCCAUCGAAAACCGCCGCUAGGCACUCCCGCUGGGGUUUUGAGAGAGGUAGGUGAGGAGGCAUCAGACAUCUCCACACACACUUGAAAGAACGGCCUUGAGCUGCGCCCAACUUCUGCAAUCCCGGUUUUCCCCAAGUUCAAGGGGAAGGGCCCUGGCGCCCAAUGCCCGGCCUCCCCGACAACAUCCUCGCCAGGGUGCCCCUGCCCCGCCGGCCCAAGAGUCCGCUGUCCCCGGCAGGCGGCCCUGGGUUCGAGGACCCGGCUUCCUAGAGGAGUGACUCUCCAAACAAGCGGGGCUCCAGAAAACCCACCGACGCGAAGGGGGUGGGUAGAGGGUGGGAAGCCGCGGGGCUGCUGCCCAGCCCGAGGGGGAAGGUAACGCACUGUGGAAACGUGGCAGCAGCCCUGAGGCGGCGUCUUUUUCCUCAGGCGCCCGCCGAGGGUCCCGCGGAAACCCUCGCGGGCCGCCCUCGCCGACCCCAACCCUGCCCUGGCGCCGAGCCGGAGCCCAUGCAGUCUGGUUCCAUCCCCCGCCCCUCCCCUGUCCCCGGUGCGCCGCCCGCCAGCGAGCCUUCGACGUGGCCGCAGGGGCGCCGGGACCACCCUCCCCCGAUACCCACUGCCCCGCCAUGUCUACCUUCUCCCGGCCCGGUCUCCUCACCGCCGCUGCUGUCGCCGCCGCCGCUCUCCGGCCAGAGAUUCGGCGGCCCAGACCUUGUCCUGGCCGGGAACCGAGGGCUCCGCCUCAACGGGCCCGCGCUCGGCAACAGGGAGCGGAGCGAGCUCAGUCCGGCGCGUGCGACUCCCGCGUCGUCGGGCAGCCGAGCGCGCGCUGAGAGGACUGGCGGGCGAGCGAGCGCGCACUCGGGAGAGCGCAGCCCCAAAGCGGCGCGCAGGGGUCUUGCGGCCCGGAAGAGGGGAGGGGCGAUGACCCGGGAAAGGGUUGGCGCCGCGCGGGAUCCGCUCGCGCGCCUGAGGGGCGGUGCCGUGGGCGGGGCUUCGCCUCAAGGCCACCCCCAAGCCCCGGGCCUCACCGCGCGGGCGAAGACACACCCUCGCCCUGCGGAGAGCCAGGCUCGGACCCUCCUGUGCGACGGCGCGGCGCAUAGCACCGCGGGGUUCCCUCCCUGGCGAAGAGCCGCGCUGAGGAUCUGUGGGACCCCCGCCCGGCUGCCCUAGGUGCGUCAGCGCCUUCGGGGGUCGCUCGGGCUCCGUCCUUUCGGCUGUCUCGGCCUUUGUUUCCCCCUCAGGUCUCUCCACGCUGCACUUGACACCCUCAGGGCGAGAUGGCAAGUUCUAGAACCAGCUCUCUAGACCCAGGGCUUCAUGGGGGACACAGACUCGACGGGAAGGGGAACUUUGCAUUUAUGAACAGAUCCUCAUCCUUCUUGCUGCAGCUAAUUACAGGCUCGUUAACCGUGCAGCUGCCCUGCUGUAUUUUAGGCGGUUGUUGGCACUCCUAGUUGCGCCCUUCCCUGGCCCCUCACAGCAGGAGCUGCCUUCUGCGGACCGUUGUGUGCCGCCCUGGCACUCUCUCCUGUGUUUUGCACAAAGGAGAGGCUCCAGGGAUGUUGGCCAAAGGAAUGAAGCCUUGAGAGUCCAGGCUUUCUAUUUCUGAGACACUUCUACUCAAGGACUUCCCAGAUGCAAAGUUUAAUCUUUGAGCAAAUACAACUAUGGAGAGGGAACAUUAACUUUCUGCAGAAAAGAAGGAACACCUUUUUCAACCUUUUAUAUUGAAUUAGCACCAUGGUCUUAGUUUUGUGAAAGCACUUUAGUACAUCAAACUGGCUGGAGGAAUACAAGAUAUUCCUACCUUUUAAUUAUUAUUAUUAAAAGAGGGCUAAAACAUGUUGUAAAUUACUUAAGAACUGAAUGUUCAAGUUAUACAGUAUAUCGGCCAGAUUUCUUACUGCCCUCUAGGCCUGGGAGCAUGUUUUCAGCUCAGUUUUAUGAAUGUUUUAAAUUCUUAUUACUGAUGUUUGUUAUUAUAGCCCAUUAGCAGUUCAAAAUAAUUUUUUUAGCAGUAAUAAAUAUGCCAUCCCCAAAACAGUACAAUAAACUUUAUUUGU